UACCCGGUCCUCUGCGCAGUGGGGAGAAGCAGCCUCCCAGCCAACUUUUGCUGCUGUUUGAUGCACUUUCCCCCCCCCCCCCUCUCCUCCUCUCUCUCCUUUCCUUCUCUAUCCAAACCUUCCAUAGCUACGCUGAGCCACAAGCAUGAACACAAAGUCCAGAUUAUAAAGGAGAGUAGAUAGACUUUAAAUGGACCCUUCUGUUGGAGGUCCAAUACUUCUCUAAAAAAAAAAAAAAAAAAAAACCUGAAUAGAACUUUUUUUUCUUGUAGUUUUUUGCGGGUGUCCCCACGGGCUGAGGGGGGAGAACUCACACUGCAGAUCCAGCAGAGGAUGGGAGAAUUCAAAAAGGAGAUGAGAAGAGCAUAGUGGAGGAAGUUUGUGUGCUGAACUUUAAAAAAGAAAAAAAAAAAAAGAAGAAGAAGAAGAAGGGCUGGAGACUUUUGAGCCGAGCUUCACUUUGCACACUCGGACCGGAGCUGACAAUGAGGAUGGGCAUGGAACGCAGAUGGGUCAGUCAGGCCAGGCGUCCGAGACAGAGCCUCUGAUUUCUCGACUUCUACCUGAGACCGAUGGAGGACGGCGUUUUCCCCUGAGCUGCUGACAUGCAUUCAGAGGCCUGUGAGAUGUGGACCGGCUCGCCUUCGAGGGAAAUCUGAGACCUUGAAUGAGCCGCGGGACACAGGCGGGAGCGUUUCAGUGAAGAAGAGAAACCAUGGACCUGUUACGGCGCGGCGCCAGACUGACUUUGCGCUUCUAACCCGACUGUAGCGCCCUCUAGCCGCACCCCAUGUCACAGCCUUCCUCGAAUUAUGGAAAUUUUGUGGAAGACGCUGACUUGGACACUGAGCCUCGUGGUGAUGGCAGCUUCAGAAUUUCAAAGACUUUCUCACAGCUCUCAAGAGGAGUUCCUGUCUUACCUGCAGCACUACCAGCUGACCGUCCCGGUGCGGGUGGACGAGAACGGGAACUUCCUGAGCUACACCGUGAAGCAACAGCGGCAGGGCCGGCGGAGACGGGCGCUGGCCGACCCCGCCGCCGACCCGCCGGGCUCCCGGAUCUUCUACAGGCUGUCGGCGUACGGGAAGCACUUCCACCUGAACCUGACGCUUAACAACAACCUGGUGUCGAAGCAUUUCACGGUGGAGUACUGGGGCAAAGAGGGGCCCGAGUGGCGUCACGACGUGCUGGACCACUGCCACUAUGUGGGCUCCCUGCGAAGCCAGCAUAGCACGACCCGAGUGGCGCUCAGCAACUGCAAGGGCCUGCACGGCGUCAUAACAACAGAGGAAGACCAGUAUUUAAUAGAGCCUUUAAAGAACACGUCCUCCGCCGCCUCCAGUGAGUGGAACCUGGACGGAGCUCAGCAACAUGUUAUUUAUAAAACGUCUGCCAUCCCCUCGCCGCAAGAGCAAAGCCAGGAGUUCAGCUGUGGCAUUUCAGACCUCACUAGAAGCAACGCACCUUGCCAGUUUAGCACGCCCUCCCCUACCCACCUGUCCCCCGUCCCUCAAAACGCCAGCCAGCAGCCGGCUGGCGCUCACAGGCACCGGAGGUCCGUCAGCUCCGAGCGCUUCGUGGAGACGCUUGUGGUCGCCGACAAGAUGAUGGUUGGCUACCACGGACGUAAAGACAUAGAGCACUACAUCCUGUCUGUGAUGAAUAUUGUUGCCAAACUGUACCGUGAUUCCAGCCUGGGAAAUGUUGUGAACAUUAUUGUGACCCGUCUAAUUGUUCUCACGGAGGACCAGCCAAACCUGGAAAUUAAUCAUCAUGCUGACAAGUCUCUGGACAGUUUCUGUAAGUGGCAAAGGUCCAUCCUAUCUCAUCACAGCAGCGGGAACAGCAUUCCCGAGAACGGAAUGGCUCAUCACGACAACGCCGUCCUAAUCACCCGAUAUGACAUCUGCACCUACAAGAACAAACCCUGUGGGACUUUAGGCUUGGCCUCUGUGGCUGGAAUGUGUGAGCCGGAAAGAAGCUGCAGCAUCAAUGAAGACAUCGGCCUUGGCUCGGCUUUCACCAUAGCACACGAGAUCGGCCACAACUUCGGAAUGAACCACGAUGGCAUCGGCAACUCCUGCGGCACCAAGGGCCACGAGAUGGCCAAGCUGAUGGCCGCCCACAUAACGGCCAACACCAAUCCGUUCUCCUGGUCCGCCUGCAGCAAAGACUACAUCACCAGCUUUCUCGACUCAGGUCGGGGAACGUGUCUGGACAACGAGCCUCCAAAACAAGAUUUCCUGUAUCCGACCGUGGCCCCGGGGCAGGUGUACGACGCCGAUGAGCAGUGUCGCUUCCAGUACGGAACCUCCUCGCGUCAAUGCAAGUAUGGGGAAGUGUGUAGAGAGCUCUGGUGCCUUAGCAAAAGCAACCGCUGUGUAACUAAUAGUAUCCCGGCUGCAGAGGGGACUCUGUGCCAGACUGGCAGCAUAGAGAAAGGGUGGUGUUACCAGGGAGAGUGCGUUGCGUUCGGCUCCCAGCCUGAGAGCGCGGAUGGCGGCUGGGGUCCGUGGUCCUUGUGGGGAGAGUGCAGCCGGACCUGCGGAGGCGGCGUUUCUUCCUCCAUGAGGCACUGUGACAGCCCAGCCCCAUCUGGAGGAGGCAAGUACUGUCUUGGAGAGAGAAAACGGUACAGAUCUUGUAACACCGACGCAUGCCCAGCUGGAUCUCAGGAUUUCAGGGAGAAGCAGUGUGCUGAUUUUGACAACAUGCCUUUCCGUGGGAAGUAUUACAACUGGAAGCCUUACACUGGGGGUGGCGUGAAGCCCUGCGCGCUCAACUGCUUGGCAGAGGGCUAUAACUUCUACACGGAGCGCUCCCCUGCUGUCGUCGACGGCACCCGAUGUCAGGCUGACUCUCUGGACAUCUGCAUCAACGGGGAGUGUAAGCAUGUGGGCUGCGACAACAUCCUGGACUCGGUCGCAAGAGAAGACCGCUGCCGUGUGUGCGGAGGGGACGGCAGCACCUGCGAGGCCACCGAGGGGCUCUUCAACGACUCUCUGCCCAGAGGAGGCUACAUGGAGGUGGUUCAGAUUCCAAAAGGAUCAGUUCACAUCGAGAUCAGAGAAGUUGCCGUGUCAAAGAACUACAUAGCUUUAAAAUCCGAAGAGGAUGAUUACUACAUCAACGGAGCUUGGACUAUUGACUGGCCCAGGAAGUUUGACAUUUCCGGGACGGCCUUCCACUACAGGAGACCCAUCGACGAACCCGAGUCUCUGGAGGCGCUGGGACCCACCACCGAAAACCUCUCAGUUAUGGUUCUCCUUCAAGAAGAGAACCUGGGGAUACGCUACAGGUUCAACGUUCCCAUCCAGCGGACAGGAAGCGGCGACAACGAGGUGGGCUUCUCCUGGCACCACCCGCCCUGGUCCGAAUGCUCGGCUACCUGCGCUGGCGGCUCCCAGAAGCAGGAGGUGGUGUGUAAGAGGCUUGACGACAACUCGGUGGUGCAGAACAGCUACUGUGAGCCAGACAGCAAACCGCCAGAGAACCUGAGAGACUGCAACCCCGAGCCAUGUCCUCCAGAGUGGUUUAUCGGCGAGUGGUCAGAGUGCGGAAAGACGUGUGACGGUGGGACUCGGACCAGGACCGUCCUGUGUAUCAGGAGGAUUGGCCCCACUGAGGAGGAGACGCUGGAAGACACCUUCUGCCUGACUCAUCGACCCAUCGAAAGAGAGUCCUGCAACAACCAGUCCUGCCCGCCGAAGUGGGUAACUCUGGAAUGGUCAGAGUGCACGCCAAAGUGUGGCCCCGGCUUCAAGCACCGCAUCGCCCUGUGCAAGAGCAGCGACCUGACCAAAACCUUCCCGGCCACCACCUGCCCGAGCCACAACAAGCCUCCGGUCCGAAUGCGCUGCAGCUCAGGGCGCUGCCCUCCUCCUCGCUGGGUACCUGGGGACUGGGGACAGUGUUCAGCUCAGUGUGGCCUGGGUCAGCAGAUGAGGACGGUCACCUGCCUGUCCUACACCGGACAGAUGUCCAAUGAGUGUCCAGAUUCCCUCCGGCCCGCCACCAUGCAGCAGUGUGAGAGCAAGUGCGACGCCAUCCCAAACUCCAACAGCGACGAAUGCAAAGAUGUAAACAAAGUGGCUUACUGCCCACUGGUGCUGAAGUUCAAGUUUUGCAGCCGAGGCUACUUCAGACAGAUGUGCUGCAAGACCUGCCAGGGGCACUGACCCUGGCGCAAAUGCAAUGAGUAGUGAAAAAGAACAACAUGGAUGCAAAGGCAAAGAAGAUGGAGGGAUAAAGCACUGAGCAGGAGGAAAAGUGGAAAAAAAAUAGGAGGGAUGAUAAAACUGCUCAGUUCUUGAGUGUUGGAAGAAGAAGAGACCAGAGCUGCCGCCUGAAUGAAAAUGAGAAAAGGCUUUCCCUGUUUGUCGGAGCCCUUCGUCCUGCCCUCCUUCCUGGUGGAAACCAAACCACUGCUCGGCCCAUAGCGCUGAAAGAAACUUUUCCUUUUUUUUUUUUUUUUUUUUUUUUUUUUGUAUUUUUCGCUUCUGUGAAGUGGAAUUUAGAAGAUCAACUGUGGGAUGAUAUUAUUUUUAUUAUAAUAAUAAUCUAUGAUAUCAUCGUGAGUCUUCCUGCGUGUUUUGUUGUGGUGUAAAUCCAAAGGGCUGGACGCAUCUCUCCACACGCGACACACCCACGAGGCGAACACAGAAAGAGGGGAGCUGCUCUGUUGGAUUCCCGCCUUUGAGAAGGUGCUGGGUUGACGUUUGGCUUUGGUGCACUUUUUCCAUGUAAAUACUCCAAUUUACAGCUCAGACAUAGUCAAGAACCCGUGUGUACUGUAUAUUUAUUGUACAACUCCAAACAGAGCGUCCUCGGAUGUCUCUGUCAAACAGUAGCCUACUGUCAUGGAAGGGAAUGUAAUGUGAUUGAGUUUAUAAUCAAUAACGUUGUGUGCUGGAAUGGAAUUAUACUGUAACCCAUGUUAGAAUUGUGUAUACUGUACGGAUUUGUGUAUUAUAAAUGAUAUUAAUCUAAAACCAGAAGCUAACACAUGGUUAUAGGAGCAUCCAUUACUUCUCGCCCAGACGGGUGCAUCAGCGUCACUCAGUAGGGCAGAAUUUCACAUUAACCCCAGAUAGACUGUCUGAUGUUGCCUGGACCACAUGAAACAUUGAGUAAAGAAGCCUUUACUCAACUACUAUUCAAUCAGAGCACAGCUCAUGAGUGAGGGAUUCAUUUUGAGGAUGCGUUUGAAGCACCUUGUUCGUUUGAGUAACGGUGUGGAUAUUAUUCUCUUACUCUGCAAAGUGGUACAGUUUCUCAGUAAAAGCUGGGAAGAAACUGGGCAACAUUUUUGUAAAAGGUCACAUUAUUCUUCCAAUUGAGUCAUUAAAAACAGAAUAAGAGAGAAAAAGCCAUAUCUAGAUAAGGUUAUGCUUUGAAAAUUAAAUGCCAGCUUUGUUGCAUCUUGCAGUUGUGGACAUCAACACCUCUAGAUCUCACUGAACAAAGAGGAAUGUCAGAUGUAUCACCGAUGCUCAAUUUAAUGUGGCAUCAUCAAGAGUGCCUACUGUUACAUUUGUUUGGAUGGUGUGGGACCAGACGGUUCUGGGAACUACCCAUGGGUCACCGGUUAAUGAAAUUGUGGUUUGGAACGUUCUUGAUGGUUUUGAAAUAGGAGCAUAAGAAGUUGAGUGAAUGGCAGUGGUCCUCACAUUUUGCAAUGUCUUCCCAACAUCACCAAACACUUUAAGGACUUUGGAUGUUAUUGGAACUGGGGAGGUCUCUGUUAAGGAGCAUUGGUUCAACAUUUUCUGAGUUUACUUUUGUUGUAAACUCAGGGUAAUCUUUGUAAACUCAACCCAUUCCUGAAUCCUUAGUGUGUUAGACCAUUCGAUGUAUAGUGAAUCCCUUUUGACCAGAUCAUAUGCACCUCAAUCACAGAAGGUUCCCAUUCUGAUUGAAAGUUCCCUGAACUUAGUACCAAAAGAUUCAGAUAAGAUGCUGCCACUCCAAAUAAUUUGCUACGCAAAUGCAGAAAUAACAAGAAACCUCUUCCAAAAGUCAGGAAAAACAGGUGAAAUCCUUGGCAAAUUGGAUAAUUGUAGGUUCAAUAAAAAAGUUCAUUAGAUUUCCAGACUUUGUCAGCAUCCAGUUGGUUACUGGGGCUUGUCUUUUUGUGUUGUGGAAUCCGAGCCUCCCUGUGUCUUGAUGUGUCCAGCUGCAUUCAUGAUUUUUAGGUAAUAUAACAAUGUUAACCUUCAAAUUAACAAAGAUCAAAACCCAUCACAGUUGCUUUAGUGGGGCACCACUCCAAAUUAGGUUCCAGUUUCCACAGUGAGAUUUAGAGGUGUGCUUUAGAUGUUAGUGUGAUUGGCUCAGCCUAAUUUUAAUCUUUUUAAAGACCAAAUAUUACACAAAGUGAAAAUGAUCUCAUAAUGUCGAGCCAUUUUUCAACAAGGUUCUGAUAAAAUAUUAAAACUCCAGUUGCAGAGGAACUGCAACUGGAAUUGAAUGACUUUGUUUAGCAUGAAUUCAGAUUAGCAGACCCAGAGGCUAAAGCUAACGCUGUCUGAGGGGACUGAAAGACCGAAGCAAAUUUCUCUGUCCUGAGAUCAACUCUCGUCUCAAAAAAUGUCACAGAACUUCAGGUGAACAUUUAAGCUCUUAAUAAUUUUCCAUUUCACGGCUAGUUAUUGGGAAGCUAGUCAUUAUCUAAGUGGGAAAAUGAAGGAAAAGGUUGCGCACCACCAAUAAUCUUCCUGCGUGAAACAGUUCCUCUUAAAGUAAUCAUGAUAAACAUAAAACGGUGUAAAAAGCAAGAAUAUUCACUAGGUUUCAGUGAACGCUAAUGAUUUUUACUCAAACAUCAUUGUGUCAGCCCCUCUUAGUUUAGCUGUUAGGGUUAGCCUCCCAAUACAUCUGGUAAGAUAUAACAGAACUUGGCUUAAAAAAAUUGCUUUAAGUGACUCCCUCUUUUCCUCGUCUUUGUCACAAAGAAAGAAAAAUACAUUUCCAUUUUUUUCUUGGUUUUUACUGGUGUUUUUUGUUUUGUUUUUUUUUUAAGCUUUUUCCUCCUUCUAGCCUCCAAGACUUAGAGCAGGGGUCCCCAAACUUUUUCCUGUGAGGGCCACAUAACUUUCCCCUUCUCUAGUGGGGGGCCAG